AUGAUACGGCGUAUCUCAAACCUACGAUACGCAGACGACACGACGCUCAUGGGCACAAGUGCUGAUGAGGUAAAGGAGCUUCUUAUCAAGAUAAAACCAGCCAGUGAAGCGGCCGGACUAGAUCUCAACCUCGCGAAGACCAAGGUGAUGACUACGACCAACGAUACGCACCUCGAUAUUGAUGGCGAAGCAAUUGACGUCGUAGAAAGCUUCAAUUUUCUCGGAGCACUCAUAUCACCACGCAAUCUAUACUCACAAGAUACAAACCGCAGAAUUGGCCUCGGAAAAGCAGCCGUGAUUGGACUGUGUAAAAUCUGGAAAGACAAGAACUUUCCCAUUGUAACGUAUGAAUGCAAAUCAUGGGUCAUCAACAAGAAAGACCGCAAGCGUAUUGACUCCUUCGAAAUGUGGUGCUUCUGA